CUUGAUAUUGCUGUAAAGCCGUGUCGUGGCAAAUCGAACGGCGCCGGGCCCAUUGUGUCCCUCAGCAUGGUGGUACGGUGGCAGCGUAUCCCGGAAAUCGGUGUGGCGAAACUCGCGCUGCUCGUUCAUCUCGCAGAGGCUAACGCUGAGCCCACUCGUGAUGAUCCCAUGAACGGGCCGCAGGCGACCCGUACGUUGCUCGUCCUCUUGGGCGAGGGCCAGAAACGUCUGCAUCAUCUUCAGAGCGCCAUCGCGGUUCUCGUCCCACCCACGCCCUAG